AUCCUUUGAAUUCAGUUUUGCAGCCAAGUUUCACAAUUAUUUUCAACCCCUUCCUGUUAUCUGCUGGGCCCCAGGAUGUUCAAAGAAUAUUUCCAGUAUAAAGGGAUCAGUUUUCCUCAAAUCAUCUAUGCAAAACCUGUGUUGCAGAUGGUAGAGCAGGAUUUCCAAGUUCGAGAUGACGAUAUUUUCAAUGUCACUUAUCAGAAAUCAGGAACGGUGUGGAUGCUGGAGAUUUUAAGUCUCAUCCGUAGCAACGGAGACCCUACCUGGUGCCAAAGCAUCCCCAACUGGGAUCGAGGUCCUUGGUUCGAGACAGUGAUAGGAUACAGAACAGCUCUAGCCAACAAGUCACCACGCAUUAUUAGCUCCCAUCUGCCUUCACAUCUUUUUGCAAAGUCAUUCUUCAAAUCCAAAGCUAAGAUAAUCUACACAGUCAGAAACCCCAAAGAUGUCUUGGUGUCCCUCUAUCAUUUUGCUUCAAUGUUUCGCCCUUAUAAAGAUCCUGGCACCUUGGAUCAAUUUCUUGAGGGCUUUCUAAAGGGAGAUGUGCCUUUUGGAUCCUGGUUUGACCACGUUAAAGGUUGGAUGAACUUGAAGGACAAAGAGAACUUCUUCUUCAUUACGUAUGAGGAGUUGCAAGAGGAUCUGCGGGGGAGUGUUAUUCGCAUCAGCCAGUUCUUAGGCAAAGACUUAGAUGAUGCAGCCAUCGACUCCGUGGUUGCUAAUGCCUCCUUCGAAUCCAUGAAGCGCAAUAAGAUGUCCAACUUCUCACUCACGCCGCACUUCAUCAUGAACCAAAAGAAAAGUACUUUCCUCCGCAAAGGGAUUUCUGGAGAUUGGAAGAAUCACCUGACUAAGGCACAAAGUGAAUGUUUUGACCAAAUUUACCAUGAGCGUCUACAAGAUUUAAGUGUCACUUUUCCAUGGGACAAGGAAUAAAUUUGCCUUUCCCAGUUGAUUCCCUCCAUUACCAGAUUGAUUAAUGACUAUCAGGAUACUACUAAUUGUCUAGUGCAAGAUGCUGUAGGUUAGUGGGAAUGUCUAGGGGAGGGACAGGCAGUUAUUCAGAGAGUUCUCCUGGAUUUCAUGGGAGAAGAGUGGGUGUAGGGGAAGAUGGUCAUUAAGGCCAGGAAGUCAGAGCUCAGGAAGUAUGUGGGUUGUGGUGGAUUAGAUUCCAGAGGUGACCAACCCAUAGUGCUGACAUCAUAGGUCUCAAGAUAUGGUUUUGGAGAUACAUGGUGCAGCCAUCUUGCUGAAGCUAAGCACAUCUGAAUCUGGUCAGUGCCUGGACGGAAGACUAUCUGGUAGCCCUAUGUCAACCUCCUUGUCCAUGGUGGAAGCUGCAAUGUAAAUACAUUAUAAUAAAUAAAAUAAGGUAACUCAUGGUUCUUUCUUUUAAAGAAGCACAGAUAAACAAAUGUGCUCCUCAUCUCAUCCCUGGCUUCUGAUUCCAGUUCUCCUGGGGAGACAAGACUGAUUCCAAUAUCUGAAGCUGUAGCCACCCGGGGUAGAACUUCAGGGACCAAGCAGAACAUUUCCUGUUGCCAUGACAGUUCUGCUCCUUUGUCAUGGCAAUAGGCCACGAUAUCUUAACUCUGCCCCAACAGGAGACCAAGGGGCAGACCAAGUAUUUAUAACAGGGGUGCACCACUUUCAUUAGGUCAAGGACAAUAUUUGGCUUUAGA